AUGGCAUACGAGCUGGCCUUGCGCCACCAGCAAAGCAAAACUCGAGGGAGAAAGCAGGUGUACGGCUAUCCUACCCUUGUAUACAUCUACCACUUGCGCUCAAGACCAAAGUUCAGCCUCAUAUCCAACAUGAAGGUCGCAUCGAUGCUCGCCAUCUUGACCCUCAGCAGCCUCGGACUAGCUGACAGUGUCAUAUGCCCCCCCGGCCAGAGGCGGGAAAACAGUCAAUGCGUGACCAUCCCAGCGGGCGAGCCUGGCUCGACCAUUGCCCGUCGACAGUGCCCUCCGGAUUGCUGCAUACCGCCCUGCUGA